GAGAGAGAGAGAGCGCACUUUACCACUUUUAUAUGUUGCACGCAUCCAUCCACAGCAGAAAACACAAGGAGGACAAGGGUACUCCACAGACAAGAGAAAGAAAGAAAACCCCAUUUAAAGCUUUUUUCUUUUUGUACUGUGCACAUCACAAGGAGAACAAAGAUGGGUUUUUGAACCAUCACAUAGAGAGAGAAACAAGAAAAGAAAUAGGGGUAUUGGAGAAAAACAAGGAGAAGCUGUGCAAGUGAAAGAAGAUGAAGGAGGAGAAUAAACGAGUUUGCUGUUGUACCAACUUGUUGGGGUUGAUUUAGAUGAAGGCCGUGCCCCUACCCUUUCAGGAAUUUAGAGGGAACGGGGUGUUAGAUUUUGCUUCUGGUGCUGUUGCUGUUUCAGAUUCGUUGUUACUCCCACAGCAAGAGCAAUUUCUGCAAAGGUGGAAUCCCCACAGGGAAAACUGUUGCUAUGUGGGCAUUGAGCCCUCUUCUGGUUUGGACCCCAAAAGGAAAACAAGCCCUCCCACAUCCUCCUCUACACUGUCUUCCUCACGCGGCGGAGGAGGAGGCUGCGGCUCCACCGAUAGCACCAAGGUCUCGUCUGAGAAGGAGAACAAUCCACCUCAAGUAGGGUUAGGAAGAUGUGGGUUGGGAAUGGAGGAUUGGGAGAGUGUGUUGUCUGAGUCACCAGGUCAAGAUCAUUCCAUUCUGAAAUUCAUUAUGGCGGACAUUGAGGACCCAUCUAUGGCAUUGACCAAGCUAUUGCAAGGUGGAACUGCAUCUCAUGAUGUUGAAUUCAAUGGUUUUGGUUUGGUGGAUCAAAGUUCUGUGCUUGACCCCAUUCCUAGUGUCAACCUUGUGAGCAGCAUUGACCCUUCUGGUCCCGGGAAUUGUUCUGAUUUCCCUUUCAAUUCCCACAAUAAUGUUGGCUCAAAUAUUCCCAGAGUUGGUUCUGGUGUGAAUCCAAGCCCCGGGUUUACUGCUUCAGCUAGCAAUCUCUCACCAGUUUCACUCCCUCCGGGUGUGUUUCAGCCACAGCAGCAGCAGCAGCAACAGCCAAUGGAGCCUAUGGAUGAGAAGCUACAAGUUCUCAGUUCCCAGUUCAUUUUGAACCAAAAUCCAUCUCAGUUUAUGCCAAACCCAGGUUUGGUUUUGCCUUUGACAUAUAGUCAGCUGCAAGAACAUCAUCAGCUUCUCCCUCAGCCUCCGGCGAAACGCCUCAAUUGUGGCCCAAAUUAUCAGGUUCCAAAGACACCCUUUUUAGACUCUGGCCAAGAGCUGUUACUUCGGAGGCAGCAACAACAGCUUCAACUGCUUCCUCACCAUAUGCUGCAGAGGCCAUCCAUGGUGAUGGCACCGAAGCAGAAAAUGGUGAACCCCAGCGGCGAAGACUUGGCAAACCACCAGCUUCAACAGGCUAUAAUUGAACAGCUUUUCAAAGCUGCAGAGCUGAUCGAUGCCGGUAAUCUGGAACUCGCGCACGGGAUAUUGGCGCGGCUCAAUCACCAACUUUCUCCCAUUGGGAAGCCUUUUCAAAGGGCUGCUUUCUAUUUCAAGGAGGCCUUGCAAUUACUUCUCCAUUCAAAUGCCAACAACAGUUCUUUGACCUUCUCACCCACGGGUCUUUUGCUCAAGAUUGGUGCUUACAAAUCAUUCUCAGAAGUCUCACCAGUUCUGCAGUUUGCCAAUUUCACCUGUAACCAAGCACUGCUUGAAGCCGUGGAAGGGUUUGAUCGCAUACACAUAAUAGAUUUUGAUAUUGGGUUUGGUGGACAGUGGUCUUCUUUCAUGCAAGAGUUAGCACUCAGGAAUGGUGGUGCACCUAAACUCAAGAUCACUGCAUUUGUGUCACCUUCCCACCAUGAUGAAAUUGAGCUCAGUUUCACCCAGGAGAAUCUGAAACAAUAUGCUGGGGAGAUUGACAUGUCCUUUGAGCUUGAAAUUCUGAGCCUGGAGUCUUUAAAUUCUGCUUCCUGGCCCCAGCCACUUCGUGACUGCGAAGCUGUUGUGGUUAACAUGCCUAUUGGCUCUUUCUCAAAUUACCCAUCAUAUAUUCCUUUGGUCCUUCGCUUUGUGAAGCAGCUCAUGCCAAAAAUUGUGGUUACAUUGGAUAGAAGUUGUGAUCGAACUGAUGCACCAUUUCCUCAGCAUCUGAUUUUUGCACUUCAGUCUUAUUCAGGGCUUCUCGAGUCACUUGAUGCAGUUAAUGUUCACCCAGAUGUCCUUCAGAUGAUUGAGAAGUAUUAUCUUCAACCAGCAAUGGAGAAGCUUGUUUUGGGUUGUCAUGGUUCACAGGAAAGAACACUUCCUUGGAAAAAUCUUCUCUUGUCAUCUGGGUUCUCACCAUUGACAUUUAGUAACUUCACAGAAUCCCAGGCCGAGUGUUUGGUGCAAAGGACACCUGGUAAGGGUUUCCAUAUUGAGAAGAGGCAGUCUUCCCUUGUUCUUUGCUGGCAAAGGAAGGAUCUUGUCUCAGUUUCAACUUGGAGAUGCUGAGGGGAGCCAUUCUGCACCUUUGAAUUACCAAUUAAUUUUAAAUUUGAAGGUGCUUUAUAACUUACUGCUUCUAUUGAUCUUUCUUGCUUGAAUUUGCCUUGGCUAUGGUUCUAUGCUAAUUGUCUGUUUUUAGGAUUUAUUAUUUCCAGUGAAGGAAGUGAACAUAUUAAUUAGUAACUGAAUGGCAUCUAUGACCUCUUAUAUCUAGUGUAUUACUAUAAAUAUGGGCAUUCUAUUUAUGCAUUUUGUCUCGUUUGCAUUGCCUUAUUUGAUGGACUUUUCUCUGAUGCUCGACAAGAAAGUAACAUUAGUUAUCAUGUAAAGUUGAGGCUUUGUCAGAUCCAUGAUAAAGUCUCUCUAGCACAUGUUGUAAGCUCACUUUGUUAUAUGACACUAUUCAAGUAGUUUAACGUAA